AUGUGCCUACUGAGCACUCUCAAGCUCGCACAUCUUCCUCGACUGUCGGUCGGACUACCUCGCGCGGGAAGACACGCUCCGCAUGUAGCUUGGACUCUGCGACGACCCUACUCUGGUCUAAAUCUCGUACCGUCGCGGAGACAGCUGCUUGCCGGGGCUUCAAGUCUGCCUUGGACAUCUCAAGUCGCUUCGCAGAGGCGAUGGGAGCAAACCACCCCGCAAGAGGUCGAGAACACCAAUGUGGAACACUCGCGCUUUGUCGCAGAGGCUCCGGCCAAGGCGCGGUGGAAGGAAUCGGCGAACGGCAUGAGCGGGACUGAGGCGACGGGCGAAGACUUCGAGUCCAUCAGCGAAGGCAAAGGAAAACUCUCGCCGACGUCCUCCCACCUCUUCAAGCUCAUCCUCCCGCUGGGCCAGCUCCGCUCGCCCGACAGGCCCAACAACAGCAUCAAGCCGCCCCCGCCGACCGUCUUCCUCCUGCACCCCUCGCAGCCCCUCUCGCACGUCGCCCGCCUCAUCCUCGCCCAGCUCGCGCCCGCGACGCCGUCGAUCUCCUUCCGGAGCACGACGCCGAGCAUGCGCACCCUCCAGUGGGCAGACAGCACUGACGUCGGCGACUUCAUCCGCGACGCCGCGCGUGCGACCGAAUUCGUCUUGCGCAUAGGCGAGGAUGUGGACAGCGCGGAGCCCCGCGCGACCAUCCAUGUCGAGGUCCCCAGCUUCGCGGACCGCACGCGCUUCCUCCGCCGGAAGCUGUCCGUCGUCGAGGAGGAGCUGCACGAGAUGGAGGCGCUCAAGAGGGCGUGCGACCGCGAGGCGCACAGCGGCGCGCGCAGGAUGGCGGUGGGCGGGCUCGCGAUGCUUGUCGUGUACUGGGGUGCCGUCGCGCGCCUCACGUUCUGGGACCUCGGCUGGGACGUCAUGGAGCCCGUCACGUACCUCUCCGGCCUGAGCAUGGUCAUCAUGGGCUACCUCUGGUUCCUCUACCAGGGCCGGGAGGUCUCCUACUCGUCCGUGCUGCAGCGCUCCGUGUCCGCGCGGCGCGAGGCACUCUACAAGGCGCGCGGGCUCGACGUCGACCGCUGGCUCGACCGCGUCGCCGAGCGCAAGUCGCUCCGCGCGGAGAUCGGGAGGAUCGCGGAGGACUACGACGAGCGCGUGUGGAAGGCGCGGCAGGAGGAGCGGGAUGAACGGCAGCGGGACGUGACGAGGGUGCGCGACGAGGGUAAUGGUGCGGCGGAGGAUGGCGCGAGAGAGAAGCGCGUCACGUCGAUGUGA